CCCACUGCAGAGCUUUAAUUUUUAUUUUUUAAAGUUGGCUUUUUAAUUCGUUUCGUUUCUUCAGAAAGACUGAUCUCUCCUUUACGCAAUGGAGAAGAUGUCUAGACCUCUCCCUAUAAACCCAACUUUCCUACCUCCGACCCACGGCGUCCUGAAAUCCCUGCUGGAGAACCCCAUGAAGCUGCCCUUUCACCACGAUGAAGGUAAAGGGUUUGGGAAAGAGAAAGAGAAGGAGAAGAAGUUGGAAGAGGAUGGAAAUGCUCUCAACACUCCUCAGUCCGCCUUCUUGGGCCCGACGCUGUGGGACAAGACCCUGCCGUACGAUGGGGACAACUUCCAGCUAGAGUAUAUGGAUUUAGAGGAGUUUCUGUUGGAGAACAAUAUUCCUGCUAACCCUGGGAGCGAGCAGAACCAGCCUUCCCAGCAGCCCCUGCAGCAGCAGCAGCAGCCACCCUCCGCCCCGCCCACACCUUCGGUGGUGGAUCUCAGUAACCGGACGGCCACGUCCGUUCACUCCGGCAUCGUGGGCCAGAACUGCCUCCAGAGUCCCAGCAGAGCAGUUCUCCCGUCACGUGAUACGCCCAGUCCAAUAGAUCCGGACUCCAUCCAGGUUCCGGUCAGGUACGAGCCCGACCCCGCCGACCUCGCCCUCUCCAGCGUCCCAGGACAGGAAAUCUUUGACCCACGCAAGCGCAAAUUCUCAGCAGAGGAGCUGAAGCCGCAGCCCAUGAUCAAGAAGGCACGCAAGGUCUUCAUUCCAGAUGACAUGAAGGACGACAGAUACUGGGUACGGCGCAGAAAGAACAACAUCGCGGCUAAACGCUCCCGUGACGCUCGCCGGCUGAAAGAGAACCAGAUCGCCAUCCGCGCGGGAUUCCUGGAGAAAGAGAACACGGCGCUCAGACAGGAAGUGGCCGACCUGCGGAAGGAACUCGGCCGCUGUAAGAACAUUCUGGCCAAAUACGAGGCACGACACGGCCCUCUGUGAGCCCCUCCCACCACACACAAACCCCGCCCACCUCCACAACCGCCCCCCCAGGGACUUCUGCGGCACCUCUUUAAGAGGCGGCAAAUUCUCUUCUCUUUUUUUUUUUCACAUUUCUCUUUUCACUUUUCUCUUUACAAACCCAGUUUGUGUUCUUUAGUUGAUUUUGUAUUUCAUUCGUGUCUUUUUCCUCUUGUGUAGUUUCACACAUUCACUUCUCUCUCUUUCCUUUUAUUUGUUCCGUUCAUCUGUUUAUUCCUUCACCAACGAUGGAUCGUUUGUCUGGAAAUGGUUUUCUCGGGAGUGUUUUAUACACCUGUAAAACAGACUGAUAAAUAUUUUCCUCGCCGCUCAGCCUCCUGUCUGUCAAUCAACCGCUUGGCCCACCCCCUCUUCCCAGAAGCCCCGCCCACUUCCUGUUGCCCCAGCUUCUUUUUGUGUAUAUAAAUGUAUUUUAGUUGAAUAGCUGUAACGCACCGACACCUUUCGUUCUGUGAAGUGUGUAAAACACUAGCUAGCAUCAGAACAUGAUGUUUGUUUCGUUCUUUUCCUAUUCUGUGUGUUUUGUCUGUUUUAUUUCA